UUAUUCCCCGGCGUUCAUGUUUGUUUUGAUUUUGUUUUCCGCCGUUUAUUUUGAUUUCUUGAGAGGAUGAACCCCCCACCAUGCUAUACACUCUAGUCCGGGUAGCCGAAUUCGUGGACCAGUUCCUACUGCGCCCGCUGGCCAGCGUGAUCGAUGCGGUGGUCACCGGCGUGUACUACUUCCUGUGGUGCAGCUACUUUGUCGGCUAUUGCCUGGUGGAGGGCAGCACAAUGGGAUGGAAUCUGGUGAGAGCUACGGUCAGCGAUAUCAACAGAGGGUGCUGCGGCCUGCGCCUCAUCACACUGGAUGUGACGGAGUACUUGUAUGGUGGCACCACGGGUGGCCUUAAGAAUGCCUGGGAUUUCGGCCAAGCCGUUGGCCGGUUCUUUUGCAAUCUGCUCAUCGAACUGGGCGAUUGCAUCUUGUGGGUGUUAUUGCUACUCCCAAAGACCAUACUCUUCAUCGUGGACUGCCUUCUGGACUUUGUGUUUCACUCCAUAGUAACCCGUGGCCUCAGCCUUCUAAACAGCGCAUUCCGACUCUCGAUCGGAUUGUCCGUGCUUCUUAUUCUCUACAUGUUUCGGCGCUACGUGUACCUGCUGCUCAUCUACCUGCUCCAACGUGCCCGCAUCGAGAUCUCAACAAAGACGCAAAGCGUUUAUCUCUGGACUGAUCAGCAAUUACAGCGCUUCAGGCAGAACGUGCGGAAUGAUCCGGGAAUCGCAGGAUCCCCGAAUCGCGGUGGCUGUGUGGUGUGCAUGGAGCGCAGCCGGAACAUCGUGAUCAUGCCCUGCCGGCAUCUCUGCCUCUGCAAGGAGUGUUCGCAGCAACUGCGGCUGCGCUUGGAGCACCGCUGUCCUGUCUGCCGCAACGACAUCAUUUCGUUUCUACCGGUCUACAUUUGAUACUGCCUAUUUUUGUAAAUUUUUUAGGGCUUAUUUUGUACAUAAGACUGCCAAUUGGAAUUAGCUUUUAAGAACCCAAUAACGGACUAAGAAUUUUACCGAAUGCCUAUAGAUUAAGACAAUCAGAACAAAAAAUGACAUCCUGUUUGGACAACUGAAAAAAUGUUAUAACAACCUACAAAUCUGAAACAAAAUUAAGAUUAUUACAAUAGAGGUUUAUCCAAAGACUGCAUAAUAACCUCCCAAAAAACGUCCUAAAUAACAUUCAAA